AUGAAUGGAUUAGUAAAGACUGCGCAAAGGGUAAUACAAACCUGUGUUAAAAACAACACUUUAACGGGUGCUCUAGUAUCUCGCUCGCAAGCUCCUGUGAAACGUGAUUUUACUAGAGGGAUAUGGCACAUGAGCUGCUCAAAGAGGUUGGAUGGAGUCGCCGCCUCAUCUACUCUCUUAAACAAUCACUCAAACACAUGCAGCUGCGGUUGCGGUCUGAAGGCGAUACACACAAAAGUUGCCCUAAAUGAGAAACAUUUUGACAAAACUGUGAAAUCUAAAGCUCUGGGUGAAAGAGAACUAGUAGAGUUCUUGACUGAGGAGAUAGUAGCAGAGCGCAAGGCGCAAAAGGUCAAGAACUUGCCUAAGGAGUUGGAUGGCUUUGCUGUGACUGGUGAUGGAGCAGAAGUUGUUCUCUCAAAGCAACUGAAAGAUGAAACCAUCAAAAUCACAUUCAAUGUUAAUCACACCGUGGAUUCUGAUGACAUUGAAGGAGAAGCGCAGCCUGAGAAGCAGGAGUUCGCCGAGAUGCGCUCGCGGCCCCAGUUCGAGGUGGACCUGAUCCGGGGCGACACAACCCUUGGUUUCACCUGCUCAUUCUUGCAAGAUCCCCCAUCGGCAUCUGCUGACGAGUACAAUGAUAUUUUCGGUAUUGAUGAGGUGACAAUCUACAAGGGCGAGUGGAACGACAAGGUGUAUGCUGUCGCUGGAGACGUGCUGGAUGGGUACUUGUACGAUCUUCUGAUGAACUUGCUGGAAGAAAAGGGCGUUAGCAACGAGUUCGCGCAGAAGCUGUCGGACUUCAGCACGGCGUACGAGCACGCCGCCUACAUUAACCUGCUGGACACCAUCUCCAAGUUCACCAUCGCUCGUCUUGGACCUCUUGUGGAUGUCAAUGUACACCAAGCGAAGGAGAUUGAGAUUGGGUAA